CAAAGAAACAUUCCUUUGACAGUUCGUUUGUCGUCGCUAUUUUUAUCACUCUCCAAUUCAAAACAACAAUUUUUUUUUCAGUGGAUUGUCAGUAAAAAUCAUCCAUAAUUGCGUUAUCAGAUUGUAUUUUUCUGUUAGUUCAACAUUUUUCGUUCACAAUUCAUUUGGAACAAAUUGUUUGUUGAUUUAAUAUUCGCACGGUGGAUUUUUAAGCCAGUUUGCAUUUGCAUUUCGUGAAAUAAUUGUUUAAUUUGCAUAAAAAUGAGUUUUUUGGGAAAAGUUGUUCUUAUCACAGGCGCGAGUAGUGGGAUUGGUGCGGCAACAGCACAUCGUCUAGCAAAACAAGGAGCAACAUUGGCAUUGAGCGGUCGCAAUGUGGAAAAUUUGAAAGCGGUUGCAAAAGACGUGGGCGCUGAUAAAUCAUUCGUUGUGCCGGGUGAUGUGACCAAAGAAGCGGAUACCGAGAAUAUUCUAAAGAAUACAAUUGAAAAAUAUGGAAAAUUGGAUGUGCUAAUCAAUAAUGCUGGUAUCCUGGAGACGGGCUCUAUUGAAAAUACGUCUCUCGAGCAAUUUGACCGAUUGAUAAACACCAACGUUCGUUCGAUCUACCAUUUGACGAUGUUAGCUGUACCGCAUCUCAUCAAAACCCAAGGAGCAAUUGUGAAUGUGUCAAGUGUGAAUGGCAUUCGUUCGUUCCCCGGUGUUCUUGCCUAUAACAUUUCAAAAACAGCUGUCGAUCAAUUGACACGUUGCGUUGCCCUUGAGUUGGCCGCAAAAAAUGUUCGUUGCAACUCAGUCAACCCUGGAGUCACAAUAACAAAUCUUCAUAAACGGGGAGGGAUGACCGAAGACGCCUACGCCAAAUUCUUAGAACAUUCAAAGACAACGCAUGCAAUGGGUAGGCCUGGACAGGCAAUCGAAAUCGCCGAUGCGAUUGUAUUCUUAGCGGGCGAUGCUUCAAGCUUUAUCACCGGCGUUAAUCUACCUGUCGAUGGAGGAAGACAUGCCAUGUGCCCAAGAUAAGCUGAAAUUCAAAUCGCCAAAUCUGACUUACAAGUUGUACCGAAUGAAGUUCCAUUGUUGUUGAAUUCAUAAUUGUUGGAAUGCUGUUCAUGUAUCAAAAUAAACUCUUUUUUGCAAAUUGUUUGUUUGUACAGAGCUUU